GAGAGAUACUAGUUUAUAAUUUUAUUCAAGCGAGAUGAAGAGACAGAGAGAGAGAGAGGAAGCGAGGUAGAUAGCCAGAGAGCGAGAGAGAGACAGAGGAAUUAAUUACCACUAUCGUUAUUAUUAUGAUUGUACAUUAUUCUUGUGAAAUGGCGUUAUCUAUUUGUGAAUAACCCCUUGAUAUAAUUUUCUAAAAAAAAGUUAAAAUCUCAGCACCCCACAUCCCACUGAACUUUAAUCACGAACACACACACAUACACAGACACUGUACAAGGUUGUUUUAUAAAACCAGAAAAGAAUGUUCAAUAGUGUUAAUUAGAGAGAUAUUAAUACACAUAUAUAUAUACAACUUAGUGAGAUCAGAAUACUAAACAAUCCAGUUGACAAAAAUUUUACAACACUUUAUACAUUAUUCUAAACAUUUCAGUGAAAUAAUUCAUCAUGAAUGAAAAUAUAUUCUCCCAGAGUAAUUCAAGUACAUUUAACUUUGACAAUUCAAUCUCGACAACAAAUUUAAUCCUAACAACGUUGAAAUCUGACGAUUCUGUACCACCACACUAUGAACAACAACAACAACAAAAACAACAUCAACAGUGUGACGAAGACCAAAAAAGUUUGUCACCGACAUUAACAACAUCAACAACAACAGCAAUUCCAUCAAUUAUGGUGAAUAAAAAGGGUGAAAUGAGUUCAUAUUCAGACUUUAGUCAAAUUCAUAUGGACAGAGGAAAUUGUAGUGAUAACAGUAGUAGUAAUGAGAGUGUCGAUAUUAAUAUCCCAAAAGAGAUGACAUCAUCAUCACCGUUAUCAUUAUCAUCAUCAUUCUCAUUAACAGGUGAGUAUAAAGACUACUCAACAAUAACAGCAGCAACAACAAGCAUUAAUACAGUCAAUCUUACAAAUGACAAAUGCUCAGAUACUAAUGACCAAUUCGACAAACCCUUAUUAAAUUUCAUAAAUCAUACAAUCAAUAACACUGGAUUGGGUAAAACUGAGAAAACAGUAAAUCAAGAAAUGUCUACACAAGAUACAUUUUCAUCAUUGAAGUCAAUUCCUGGAAAAAAUCUUUUUCCAGGCAUAAUAAAUCAUAAUAUUGAUAGUAUCAACAAAAGUGAAGUUGAGCAUACUGAACAUUUAGGCGGUUUUAUACAAAAUCAGACCACUUGGAAUGCUUUGUCUAUGGCAUAUUCAUCUUUGAUUGCCAGUGGUUUGUACGGUUUAAACAAUAAAAGUACCAGUACGGUUAACCAUUCUACAAAUACACCAAUAGAUAAAUUUCAAUCUCUACUUCAAUGUCAUUCAAUUCCCAGUUUGUUAAAACAACGUUCAUUACUACCGACAUGUGAAUCGCUAUCAUCAGGAAUAACAUCGACAACAAUUUCAUCGUCAUCUACCAUACCACCAUUACCAUCGUCAUUAUUUUUAUCAAAUUCUUUGGGAAGGAUACAUUCAGGAGAUUUAUCACACCAGUUUAUUUCACCUGCAAACGAGACUGUCACUAGUAAUAAUAAUAAUAACAACAAGAACUUUGCUACUCCAAAAGUACAUCAAGAAAAUAGUGCUAAUGAAUUCAAUCUCCCUGCAAUUAUGAAUAACCUUUUAGUUGAAAAUUUAGAAGGAUGGCGACAACUUCAGAAAACUGGUUUACCGUCUAACAUAGAUCCUCAGAUGUUAACCUUUUAUGCUGGAGCAUGCUGUCCUGUAGAAUUAUCCAAUACUAAUCGACGUAAAAAUGCUACAAGAGAAACAACAAGUAUGCUUAAAACGUGGUUGAAUGAACAUCGGAAAAAUCCCUAUCCAACUAAGGGUGAAAAAAUUAUGCUGGCAUUAAUUACUAAAAUGAGUUUAACUCAAGUAUCUACAUGGUUUGCAAAUGCAAGAAGACGAUUGAAAAAGGAGAAUAAAGUAACUUGGAAUCUACGGACAGAUUGUUCAUCGGAUGUUGAACAUGAUGAUGAACAUUCUGUGGAAGAUGGUGAUGGGGAUGACGAUAAUGAUUUUGUUGACAAUUCUACUGUUACUUCGAAGGCCACGACGACGACGGUUGAUAAUCAAAAUCGACUCAGCAACGAACAUGAUCUACAGACAAUUACUGGUUUACAAGGUUUAAAACACUAUUUAAUUAGUAAACAUUCAGAAAAUUAUGAAAAGUUCUCAAUGAGUAGUAAUAAAUUAUUAUUCAAUAAAGAAGGUUGUACAAAUCUGAUUACAGAGGGGAAUAAAAAUAAGAUUAGUAGAUUGCGAAAUUUUCCAAAUCCCUGUGAUCAAAUUGAUACCAUACCGAAGAAACGCAUAAAUUUAGAUUACAACAACAGCAGCAUCAGUUCUUUGCCGACGCCUACUUCAGAGAAAUCGAAAACACGAAAAAUUUGGUCUCUCGUAGAUAUGGUGGAUGAGAAGACAAAUCAUUCUAAUGUCGAAUCAAUAAAUGAAAAGAAUCCAUUAGAUCUACAGAACACUUCGUGUGAUAAUUGGUUAACACAAGGGAAUAAAAAUCUACAGUCUCAACAUUUUUUAAAACUCCUACUGAAUUAUCCACUUAUCAACUUAAUGUUGGUAGUUUAA